GCAUUCACUGUGCUGUUGUUUUGUAUUUAAUCAGAAUAGCGCUCCCGAGUAGUGUUUGUCCUACGCCAGCUACCAGACUUCCUCACACCUCUUGGUGCCUUCCUUGUCUAUAGUUCUUUCUUAUCGAUACUUGCAUCCUCGUACCCGCAUAGCAUUGCAUCAUGCCAUCCUUCAAGAACAUGAUCGCCAAGUUGCGAUCCCGCUCCACCCGCGCCGCUACCGGCAACAAUAACCGCGCUGCUACUACUAAUGGCAAUGCCCCAAAGAGCGCUCCGGCCCAAGCUCCAGCUGCACAGGCAAACCAACAAGUCAUGGCAUCUGCUACAGCCCCCACGCUCACGGUCACGCUGAGGAACGCAAGUAACAGCAGUGUCGUUUAUGUCUAUGUCACGGGUAUAGCACUAGACAGUGGCAAUCGUGCCAUGUUCCUUCAGUCGGAUGGUAGAACCAUCUACUAUCCGGCAUCUCCGAACACUGUCGGCUCGCCAUUAUUGCAGGACGUUGCUAUCCAAUUGGGUGCUCCCGGAACGACUAAAAACAUCACCAUUCCGAGGAUUGCGGGUGGCCGUGUGUGGUUCUCCAUCGGGGCUAAGCUUACAUUCGCGCUGAACCCCGGUCCUGGUGUCGUCGAGCCUUCCGUCUCGAACCCCAGUGACCCUAAUAUCAACAUCGACUGGGGGUUCUGCGAGUUCACCUACAACGCUGACCAGCUCUUCGCCAAUAUAUCCUGCGUCGACUUCAUCAGCAUUCCAGUGGCCCUUACGCUGACUAGCACAUCUGGCAAUGUCCAGUCCGUGCCAGGGCUGCCAGCCAAUGGUUUGACGACUAUCGUCAAUGGCCUCAAACAGCAGGCCGCUAGUGAUGGGCGACCAUGGGACAAAUUAGUCUACCCAGCGACAGGAACACCACUACGUGUGCUAUCACCCCUCAAACUUCUCGACAGCAACGGGAGUGCAUGGGACGGCUACUGGGACGCAUAUGUGAACCAAGUCUGGAACCGCUUCAGCAGCACUGACAUGACCAUCAACACGCAAGCAGCGGCUGGCAACGUCACGGGACGCGUUUCCAACGGCCAGCUGUCCCUCGGUUCUGCUGGCACCUUCAAUAAGCCCAACGCGCGUGACAUCUGGACCUGCUCCGAGGGACCUUUUGCCACCGGUGACAAUGCCGCACGCAACGCUGUUAUCCCUCGCCUGGCUGCCGCAUUCAAUCGUAGUACGCUCCUGGACGCAACGCAAUUCCCGAACGGUAGCUCCCCGGCGAACUACUACAAGAACGUGACCACAAACCACUACUCGCGCCUCGUGCACCAGACCAUGAAGGACGGCCGUGGUUAUGCAUUUCCUUACGAUGACGUCGUGCCAGAUGGCGGCCAAGACGUCGCUGGUACCGUCUUCGACGGCAGCCCAGCCAAUUGGACUAUCGCUAUCGGAGGCAGUUAGUGUCCGCCUCCUUGUCCCUUCCGCAAUGAGCCAGAGUAUCUCGCG